AUGCAAAAGAAAUUUAACUAAUUUGGUAUUGAGAGUAAGGAUAGUACAAUGAAUCUAUUUAGAGUUAGACCUUAAUACCUAACUCAUGUGUCUCCUGUGGCUGUUGAAGCAGCACAUUAAAAUUUCUUUAGUGGAUCAAAAGAACUUUUGGAUAAAAUCCCUGAUCACGAGAAAGGACCAAGAUAAGAUUCCAAAGGGAAUAUUGUUAAAUAUACAGUUGUUGGAAGUGUGUAAUAAUUUUUGGCAGAAAAAUCAAGAAGUUAAUAGUAAAAUAGAAAACCUGCAUAGAUACGUAUUACUGGAAAUUCCUAGGCUACUCCUUCAACAUAAUAACAAAAUGAUCAAACAGAAAGAGUGAUUUUUAGCUCUAAAGGUAUGUGUUAUCAUUUAUAUAGCCAUAGAAUAAUCAAGUAAGGAUAUAUAAUAAAAGAAAACUAAAGUUAAAGUUAGAGAUUAUUAAGAAAUAAUCUUAAAUGAAGAUCAAGUUUAAGAACAUAUUUCUUAAAUCUAACAGAGGAUUGAUAAGAAUAAGAUUGAGGUAUAUAUUAUUUAUUAUCAAAAAAUGAAGAAUGAGAAAAAAACAAGAUAAUUGCAAAGUAGAAUGUCAAAAGGAGAAUCUUUAAAAAUGAGUAAAUGUGAAAGAGCGAUUGAAACAUUUGAUUAGGUUUAAUAGGAUUGGGAUUUGACAAAAAUUAAAAUAGAAUCAAAAAUUUAAAGAUUACCUGGUCAAUCUCUUUUGGAUCGAAUUGAAUAACAUAGGAUGAAGGAAGAAAUGAAAAGGAUGCUUGAUGCUUUAAAACCAAUUGAAGAAAAAUAAGGAAAUGAAUUUUGGGUAUUUUUAAUCAUAUAAAAUAAAAAGCGUCUUGGGUUAAGAAAAAAAGACUCGAAUAUAAAACCCAAGACAUUUGUGGAAUAAUUUGAAAAAAAUUAUUAGAUCUAUGGCAAUCCUAAAUCUCCAUAAAUAGAAAUUGUUAGAAGAUCUUCUUUAAGUUAACUUGAUUUCAAACCUUUUAGCACAUUCACCUCUUAAUCUGCUCUAAAUAAAAAGCUUUCUGAAAAUUCUGAUCUUAUUAUGAAAUUAAUACCAACCGUUCCUGACGAUAUUGGAAAUCUCGAAGUUGUUGGUAAAAAUGUACUUGAAUAAGAGAUUAUUUAACUACGAUCUCAAUCUCAUAAAAAUUCGUUUCCUUAUGUAAGAUUUAGCAGUAAUUCUAAUUAUGAAAAAUAUAUCAUGAAAGUUCCAACAAAACCAGAAACUUAAUAAGAUGAAGAAAUCAUAGAGGAAAAUUAUGACAGAAAACGACUUAUGUCUUAAGGAAAACUCUCUGAAGUCAAAGGGUAUUUCUGA